AUGGUAGCCAAAAAUAUUAGUGCUGGUAGUGGAGACCAAAUUUCUAUAUCUAAGUCCAAAGCAAAUCAAAUGGAAAGAACAAAGACUAAUGAAAAAACUGUCAAUAAAGUGAAGGAAACAGAGAUUAAUGAUGUCCCUAUAACUGAUAUAAAAACCAUCAGAAAAAAGAAAACUUCAAACUAUGUCGGCUGGAAACAAAUGGGUCAUUGGGAAGAAAAGGAUACUUUAACUGAAAAUGAUUUAUUAUUAGAUUUAACUAAGGACACUAUCUUAGAUAAUCUUAUUCCAGAAAAGCUCUAUGGUGACUGGUAUCAUACUCUGGCUAUUGUAGCCUUGGCUGGUAUCCUUUCGUUCUUUAUGGGUAAGUUAAAAUGGUCUUUAGCUCCAGUAUUUUUCAUAAUCGUUAUCACUUCUUUAUAUUAUAGAACCUCUUCCAGAAAGUAUAGAUCUUCCAUUAGGAAUCUAGUUCAAAAAGAAUUUACUGUUCAAAAUAUUGAAACUGAUAAUGAAACGAUGGAAUGGUUGAAUAUGUUCUUGGACAAAUAUUGGCCUAUUUUAGAACCAUCUGUUUCACAAAUUAUUGUGGAUCAAGUUAAUGAUAUUUUAGCCAUAAAUCCAAAUAUUCCAAGUUUCAUAACAAAUCUUUGGAUCGAUCAAUUUACUUUAGGUAUUAAACCUCCAAGAAUUGAAACUAUCAAAACCCUCCCAAACACUGAAUCUGAUAUUGUUGUCAUGGAGUGGGCUGUGACUUUCACACCACACGACUUGACCGAUAUGACCGCAAAACAAAUAAAAAAUUUCGUCAACCAAGCUGUUUUGUUAAAAUUGAAAUUAUUUAACUUUUUAACUCUCCCAAUCUCCGUCUCUAACCUAUCCUUUAAUGUUAAAGCAAGACUUAGAUUCAAAUUAAUGACACCAUUUCCACAUGUGGAAACUGUUAACAUCCAGUUGAUAGAUGUCCCUGACAUUGAUUUUAUUGCACAAAUCCUCGGUAAUACAAUUUUCAAUUGGGAACUUAUGGCAAUACCAGGGUUAUACCCAUUUAUUAAAAUCAUGAUGAAGAAAUAUUUAAGCCCAAUGCUAAUGCCCCCAUUUUCGUUACAAUUUAAUAUUCCAAGUUUGUUAUCUAAUUCCCAUUUAUCUAUGGGUGUUAUUGAAUUGACUAUUAAAAAUGCGACUGAUUUACACACUGGGUCAGGUGACUUGUUACAGACAUCUGUUGAUCCAUAUCUAACCUUUGAGUUAAAUGGUAAAAUUGUUGGUAAGACGAAUACUGUAAGAGACACGUUGAAUCCUGUUUGGAACGAAACUUCAUACAUUUUAGUUAAUUCAUUAACUGAUCCACUGACAAUCUCUGUUUUGGAUAAACGUGUCAAAUUGAAGGACAAACAAUUUGGUAGAAUUGAAAUUAAUUUAAAUACUUUGACUACAAAAUCAACGCAAAAGAAUUUGAAGGCGCAUUUUCUAAGAAACUCUAAGAAUGUUGGUACUUUAAAUUUCGAUUUAGCAUAUUUCCCAACUUUGCAACCUAAGACACUACCAAAUGGUGACGUUGUAGAACUACCAGAUUUAAAUACCGGUAUUGCCAAGAUUGUGGUUGAAGAAAUUCAGGGUAUGAACACAUCCUUAAUUGAAGAAGUUGAUACUGCUAAUAACUCACAAGAAAAUAUAAAAAAAAGCAAAAAGCCUUAG